AUGAUUAACGCUAUCCAAUUAUUAGCUAGCCUGGCCUUUCUACAUUCCUUAGCUGCAGCAUUGCCUGUGAAAAGAGAAAUUGUCACCAGAAUGCAUACAGCCCCAACUCACACCAAUACGGAUAUGUACUCCACUACUACCAGAAUACAUGUAGCUCCUACGGUCGCUUACGUUGUCAACGGUGAUGUCACUUAUACUACAACUUUGGUGCCACCCAAUGUGGAUCCAACCGCUGAACCUGUCACUUCGGUCAUUUAUGGAACUUCUUCUGCGGCCAGUCAACAACCAAGCCAGACUCCAGAAUCGAGCUCCGAUUCGUGGUCUUCACCAGCACCUUCAAGUUCCCCCCAAGCCGCAUCUAGUACUACCCAAUUGUCUUCCGUUUCAAGCCAAUCGCCAUCUCCUGCUCCAGUAAGCUCUAGCGAGUCAUCUUUCCCUGCUCCAGCUACCUCUAGCGAAUCCUCUUCUGCUGCUCCAGCUACCUCUAGCGAAUCCUCUUCUCCCGCUCCAGCUACCUCUAGCCAAUCAUCUUCCCCUGCUCCAGUUACCUCUAGUCAAUCUUCCUCCCCUGCCCCAGCUGGCUCUACCCAGUGGACUACUCUUUACCCAUCUUCCAGUUCCAGCUCUUCGUCCAGCCCUGCAACUCCUUCUAGCUCAUGGACUCCUGCAUCUUCAAGUUCAGCUCCUUCAAGUAGUUCAAGCAGUGCUAGUAGUAGUGGUGGUCUUGUUUCCGUUCCAACCGCUAUCUCCUACACUCCUUACAAUGACGACAGUACCUGCAAAUCUAGCGACCAAGUUAACGCAGAUCUACAAGAAAUUCAGUCUAAGGGUAUUCACAGAAUAAGAGUCUAUGGUGCCGAUUGCGGUGCUUUCGAGAACAUUUUACCAGCUGCCACCAGAUUGGGAAUGAAAGUGAAUCAAGGUUUAUGGAUUGAUCAAUCAGGUGUAAACUCAAUCGACGACGCUGUCCAAUCUCUGAUUCAAUACGGUACACAAAACGGCUGGGAUAUUUUUGACUUCAUUACUGUUGGUAACGAAGCUAUCAACUCUGGUUUCUGCAGUGUCAGCGAUUUAAUCUCCAAAAUACAAUCUGUCAAGAGUCAAUUAAGAAAUGCUGGUUACCAAGGUGCAGUUAUUACUAGUGAACCACCAGUCACUUUCGAAACGAAUCCACAGUUGUGCACAGAUUCUGGUAUCGAUUUCGUAGGUGUGAAUCCUCACUCUUUCUUCGAUUUUGGUAUUGAUGCAAACGAUGCUGGUUCCUUCGUCAAGGGUCAAGUUCAAUUGGCUCAAAAUGCAUGUGGUAAUAUGGACAUUUUUGUUACUGAAACUGGUUACCCAUCUAACGGUUACAUUAUUGGCCAAGAAGAGCCUACUCAGGAAAAUCAAAGAAUCGCUAUAAACUCGAUUCUAGAGGAAAUGAACAACAAUGUGACAAUCCUAUCCUUCUUUAAUGACAAGUGGAAGAAUCCAGGUCCUUACGGUAUUGAACAAUGGUUUGGGAUUGAAAGUCAAUUCAAUUGA